UCCUAUGAGACAUGGUGAGCACUCAAGGAAUUCACGUCAACCCCAAGAAAAUCGAAGCCGUACGCACGUGGAAGACACCCGAGAACAUGAAGGAGUUGCAGCUGUUCCUAGGCUUCGCUAACAAAUUACAGCAGGUUCGUGCCACAGAACGCGAAAAUCGCAACGCCACUCACGAAUCUGCUGAAGAAGAACACCCCCUAUAUGUAUGUGUUCCAAAACACCAGGAAUCCGUGGAGCAGGUGAAACAAGCACUCACAUACGCACCCGUACUCGUAUUGCCAGACCCAGAACACGACUACGUCAUCGAAGGUGACGCUAGCGACCAGGCGGUGGGAGCAGUCUUGAUGCAAGACCAGGGGAAUGGACAGCAACCAAUCGCCUACCUCAGCAAAAAAUUGCAUGGGGAAGAACUCAACUACCCGAUACACGACAAAGAAGCCCUUGCUAUUAUCAUCACCUUCAAAACGUGGAGAUGUUAUCUCGAAGGACGAAAAUCAAUCGUCUACACAGACCACUGCAGCCUGAAAUAUUUGAAGACACAACCGACCCUCUCCAGGCGGCAGGUCCGGUGGAUCGACUUUCUCGAGACACACUUCCACUACGACAUCGUGUACAAGCCUGGCCACAAAAACAAAUCACAGACUCUUAGCCGGCCUGCACACAAAUUUCCAAGGAGCCAUUGAAUCAUCUGCUUAUAGCAUUCUCUAA